AUGCCUCUCUCGCAGCCUGGCUCGGCAGAAAAAACGAUCCGCAAAAUUGAUAUCGCCCAGGUUUCUCUUAGUCUGCAAGAUCGAUUGGGCCUUGCCAAACUCAAGUACCAGCACGGUCGACUGCACGGUCUGAACCCGAACCAGCAGGAGAGCCGACCCGUUCUCGAGAGUGAUAAGCCUUCCGACUCUUCAUCCGAGUUCUCACGCAGUCGCUGCGACACCCCAUUCACCUCCCCUCCCCUCCAAGCUUCCACCUACUCCAAGGAGCUCCCUCGAUCCGCCCGCAAUAAACAUGCUGCGACCUUCAAUUCUCGUGCCAUGCAGCCCAUGCUUUCUGCUAGUCGAAAGCGCCUACGGUCUGACUCUGAUUCUGAACGUCCUGCGAAGGCACUUCGGGUCUCAUGGAAAAGUUCUUACCGGCUGCCGGAAUCCUCACCUGGCAUAAAUCGAUAUGGCAUGAGCCGACGUACACAAGUUCCCUUCAUGUCCGAGGCUACAAUCCCAGAAAUAUCAUCGCCUGUAUAUCCCAGACCGUCAGAGGAGAUCGAUCCCGAUCUGCCGCUGCACAGUUUCCAGACCAUGAGCCCAAUUGUAGGCUCCUCGCCUCCACGAACUCCUCCACCAAAACACCUGCGAUUGACCCGGAACAACCAGCGUCAGAACCACGAGGAUGGUGCAGAUUUGCUUCUAUAUCUCGCAAACUCCCCGACCCCUGCGCGGGUUGCAAGGGGCAACGGAAAUCAGGCCUUCCCACCUUCCACUCCUCCCAGCCAGCACGCAAUACUGCCAGGCAUGACACCUACACUGGGGGCAGGCAUGUUCGCCAACAUCAGCACCCCAAACCAGCAAUUCAAUUUCGCUGAUUUCGUGAAUGUGACCCCUAGCCCGGCGCAACCAACCUGGGGUGGCCGCACUCCAGGCAAUCCUGCUCGCACUCCGCUUACCAGCAACAGAAAGCGUUUGAACUUUGAUGCCCUGGUUCCUCCGAGCAACUCCAGCCCUCGACUUCGGGCCAAGGAAACCGGGCUGGUGCUACAACUCGGCGGCGAACUACACCCAUGA